AUGGAUUCCGCUAAGGUCCCAGUCAAGCUCGUCAAGGUCACCCGCGUCCUCGGUCGCACCGGAUCCCGUGGUGGUGUCACUCAGGUCCGCGUCGAGUUCAUGGACGACACAACCCGAAGCAUUAUUCGCAACGUGAAGGGCCCAGUUCGUGAGGACGACAUUCUCUGCCUGCUCGAAUCUGAGCGUGAGGCCAGGAGACUGAGAUAG